UGGCUGCUUGCGCCUAGCCCUGUAGAGACGAUACUCUGUACCUAUGGAGUCUCCAUUUUUUGCUUAGAAGUUAAUCGUUUCUCCCGAUUAUCGCACAAUUGAUUAAUAAAAUUGUUCUUUUGGGGUUAGGAGGUGCGGAUCCGUGCUGAAUUCGAAGCGAUUGCAAAAAUCGCUGCUCCCGAAUAUUAGGGUUUCCCACCUGUGUUCAUUGCCGCCGCUAUCGAUACAUACAUCAAUAUAUACUACUUCUGUUAUUAAUAAAUUUCUGAUCUGUAGAGAUUUCGUGUAAUUUUGAUCAUACCUCACAGAAGGAAGAUCAUUUCUUCUGUUAUUUUUAUAUAUUGGAAAUCGGUCGUUUUCGGUUUUUUGUCCGUCCGGCAAUUGGGCGUUUUUUUUGGUGUCAAUUGUUGUGGAGUGGGAUCGAGGACUAAGGUUUCCUUGGCUGUUAAUCUGAAAAAAAAAAAGAAAAAAAAAAAAUUGUUUGUGAUUUAGUGAAGGGGGUGUUUGUUGCGGUUGUGCUAAGGCAUUUGUGAGUAUGGAUAAGAAGAAGGCUGUGGUUCCAUUGGUUUGCCAUGGGCAUUCACGUCCAGUUGUUGAUUUGUUCUACAGCCCUAUUACUCCUGAUGGCUUCUUCCUCGUUAGCGCGAGCAAGGACUCGACACCAAUGUUGAGAAAUGGAGAGACUGGAGAUUGGAUUGGAACCUUUCAAGGGCAUAAAGGUGCGGUGUGGAGUUGUUGCUUGGAUAAACAUGCACUGCAUGCCGCGUCUGCGUCUGCUGAUUUUUCUGCGAAAUUAUGGGAUGCAUUAACUGGGGACGAGUUGCAUUCAUUUGAACACAAGCACAUAGUUCGAUCUUGUGCUUUUUCAGAGGAUACUCACCUGCUGUUAACAGGAGGAAUGGAAAAACUACUCCGCAUAUAUGAUUUAAACCGGCCCGAUGCACCUCCAAGGGAAGUUGAAAAAUCUCCUGGUUCGGUUAGAACUCUUGCCUGGCUCCACAGCGAUCAAACAAUCUUAGGCUCUUGUACCGACACGGGUGGGGUGAGGUUAUGGGACGUGAGAACCGGCACAAUCGUCCGUACCCUAGAGACAAAGUCUUCUGUAACCAGCACUGAAGUGAGUCGAGACGGCCGUUACAUAACGACUGCUGACGGGAAAAGCGUUAAGUUUUGGGACGCAAAUCAUUUUGGAUUGGUGAAAAGCUACGACAUGCCCUGCAUUGUGGAAUCGGCGUCGCUGGAGCCCAAGAACGGCGACAAGUUCAUCGCCGGUGGAGAAGACAUGUGGGUUCAUGUCUACGAUUUCCACACCGGAGCAGAAGUUGGUUGCAACAAGGGACACCAUGGUCCAGUGCACUGUGUGAGGUUCUCGCCGGGAGGUGAAUCCUACGCCUCGGGAUCUGAAGAUGGGACCAUCAGAAUAUGGCAGAUGGGCCCCCCGGUGAAAGAUCCGGAGACUUCUAGAGGUGGGGGGCCUACUACUACUAUUCCUACUCCUAUUGAGAACGUUAAAGCGGUGGCGGAUGAGGUUGCUCGGCAGAUUGGAAAUGUCCGUAUUGGCGGAGAAGACAAGAUCACAACCAAGGCUGCGUAAUAUAGGUAAACAAAACGAGGUUUCUUGGUGCCACCCCUUGUGUUUUUGGCUGAAGUUUUUGACUGGACUGGCUCGCGGUCGGUCGGGUUGGUUGUAAUGGAACGAUGACCGGAGAGGUGAAUUGUGUUUGUCCCUUUGUGAUAACAUAAGAAAGAAAGAUGAGAGUUGAUGAAUCCCUUGUUUUAUGUUGGGUCAUUUUGGUGCUGCAUCAUCAUCGUCAUUUUGCUUUGGUUCUAUUUUGUGUUGCAAAAUUAUGCUUGGAAGGAAAGGGAAGAUCCGUUCAGUGGUA